AUGGCGGUCCUCGCACCGCUGUGUGUGGGGAUGUCACCCUCAGCCUUCCCGGGCAUCAGGCGUCUGUUUACGGGGUGUUCCAGGAGCCCGCUGACAUGUUUAACGCAGAUCUGCAAACGAGGUUACUCCGUCAAAGCCCGGCAGGAGGUGGAGGAGGAGGUGGAGAAGGAGGUGGGUGCUGGUGCCGGCGCCACCAGGAGCUUCUGCGGGCCUGUGGAUCACUACAGCGGGCUGAUCAGGGACGGGACACUGCGGGAGGACGAGCACCAGAGAUCGGUGGUGCAGAGACUGGACGAGCUGCACAAAACACUGAGAGGAUACAGCAACACUCCCACGUCCAUCUUCUCCAAGUUUUUUACAAAGCCUAAACCUCCACAAGGCUUCUACAUAUUUGGUGAUGUCGGCACAGGAAAAACAAUGGUCAUGGACAUGUUUUAUUCAUAUGUGGAGACGGAAAAGAAAAAGCGGGUUCAUUUCCAUGGCUUUAUGUUGGAUGUGCAUAAAAGGAUCCAUCGAUUAAAGCAGAGUAUGCCAAAGAGGAAAGCAGGUAAAAUGGCCAAAUCCUAUGACCCAAUUGCUCCAGUUGCUGAGGAGAUCAGUGAGGAGGCUUGUGUUUUGUGCUUUGAUGAGUUUCAGGUCACUGAUAUCGCUGAUGCCAUGAUUGUCAAGCAGCUUUUUGAGAAUCUGUUUCUGAACGGAGUUGUUGUCGUGGCAACUUCUAAUCGACCUCCUGAAGAUUUGUAUAAAAAUGGGCUGCAGAGAGUCAACUUUGUGCCUUUUAUUGCCGUGUUGCAGAAAUAUUGCGAAACUCUUCGGCUGGAUUCUGGGAUCGAUUACCGCAGAAGAAACAGACCCUCGGCUGGAAAACUCUACUUCCUCUCAAGUGAACCUGACGUAGAAGCGACUCUUGACAAGAUGUUUGAUGAGCUGGCUUUCAAGCAGAAUGACAUUACACGACCGAGAGUUAUGAACAUUCUCAACAGAAAAGUGCGUCUGAACAAAGCUCGUGGGACCAUUGCAGACUGUACGUUUGAGGAGCUCUGUGAUAGGCCUUUAGGGGCCAGUGACUACCUCGAGAUAUCCAGGCUGUUCGACACCCUCUUUAUCCGUCACAUUCCUCUGCUCACGCUGAACAAAAAAACUCAAGCCAGGCGACUCAUCACGCUGGUGGACGCUCUUUACGACCACAAGGUGCGGGUGGUGAUUCUCGCGGACCACCCUCUGGAGGACCUUUUUGUGCUCGACGGGGAUCGCGGUCAUGAUGAGAGCAACAUUCUCAUGGACGAUCUGGGGCUGAAAAGGGACGAGGCCAGCAGUCUGUCCAUAUUCAGUGGAGAAGAGGAAAGGUUUGCCUUCCAGAGGACGGUGUCUCGGCUCACAGAGAUGCAGACUGAAGAAUAUUGGCUGGAAGGGGACAGAAGCACCAAGUCGCAGGUUUAACAUUGGAGGAAAGUCAACCACGUCACAUUAAGUCCAGCCUUCAUACGCUGUUCUCCUCCGAACACUUCUCCUUCUCCUCCAGCACAAACCCAGUGGGACUGCUGAACAGUGUGCGUGCAAAUGUUGUACAGAAGAUAUUUAUUGAUAUUUUAAGGCCUUUUAUCACUUGAAUGCAACAUUGCACUUACAGACAGUGUUUCAGAUGAGCCUCUGGGUGUCAUAUUGCUUUUAACUCCGAAUCAAACUGUGGUCCAAUUUUAUUUAUUUUUAUAAAUAUUAGCGAAGAGGCCGGAAGACUUUUGGAAAUGGAUUUCGAAAUGACUUUUAUGUUAAGUUAAGUUUUAAGGGAAAUUAAUGAAUCUCCAUCAUGGGUUGUGUAUGAUUCUCACACAAAACUAAAUACAGUGGCAGGAGAUUGGUCUUAAAGUAUUUUAGGCUGAGUGUUUAUUUCUGAUGAUUUAUGUGGAUGCUUGUGAAAUGUCACACAUGUACUGAACAAAGACAUGAAAAGAAACUAUAUGUACACAGGAAGUGUUUUAAUUUUCAUAUGAUGCAUAUUCUUUAUGCAAAUGUAUUCAUAAAUGAAACUAAUAAGG